GGAUAUAUUUGCUCACUAAACCCAUAAAGAACAACAAUACCCAUAUUAUUAUCUUCUCCAGGAAAUGCCCACACACUUGCCAUUAUUACUCAAUCCACUCCUAAAUGCUGUUUUCAACAACCCACAGCCAUCAAAAUCACCAUUAAAAGAUAUAUACACCAACUUAUCAAAAGGUUGGGAAGACGGCACUGUGAUUCUUGUUCCAGAUCUCAACAUUCUCCUAAAUUAUGCUGAUAAAGAAAGUGGUAUACCCUAUAGGGAAUUAUGCUACUCAGAAGAAUUUCUUAAAGACCAUAUAAUAACGACGAAUGAAUUGAGGAAUGCUAGAUUAUUCACAACUUUUAGCAAAAAGGAAGUUUUGGUGAAGAAGGAUAUCUUGUUCACAGGAAAAGGUUUCCGAAGAUCGCUUAGACUGAAGAUACAUUCAUCAGAAUACUUCCACAAUUUUAAUGAUUAUUUUGAGAAAGGUCGAAAAUUUAUGAUAAUGCACAUUGAAGCACCACUAUAUGGAACCCCAGAAAGAUUGAAUACGCUUGAUUUGAUUACCCCCUCAAAUAAUGCAGCGGAAAGAGUUGUUUUGAACGAUAUUAGUGAAACUAUACAAAAUGAAGAAAAUGAAACUGAAGUGAGGAAUUCCUUAGAUUCUUUUGUACAAAAUGAGACUCUGAAAUUUGAACAAAUAUUGAGAACAUUCCCCUUAGUGUCUAAAAGCAUUGGUGAAAAAUUUGAAACCCUCUUCAGAAAGUUUAAUGUCAAAGACUCUCCUGAUGCUGAUUCCUUGAUUGAAGUUUUCACAGAGACAAUUAGCUUAUCAUCUCAUAUUUUUCAACUGUUGAGCCCCGAUCUAAUUGAUGCUAUUCUUGAUAUGUCACCAAGCUUAAACUUGAACGAAUGUAUCUUCAAUUAUGUUGAGCUGAACUUGUGUGAUAAGAUUUGGAAUCGCCUUUGUGAGAUAAAUGGAGACUUUCUCAUUGAGCAUUAUGAUGAUUUAGAGUUUUUGAGUUUGAACCAGAGAAUAUCUCAAGCUAUAACAGAAUUCAAAAAGUUAGAACUCGCAGUGACAACUGUUUUCAAAAUCAAAAUUUUGGUCAACACAAUCAAUCUGCUAUCAAACAUUGAAUCUGUAACAGUAGAUGCUGAUACUUUAGUGGGGCUACUUUUGAUGGUUAUUGUCCAUUCAAAGGUUACAAAUCUUGAAAGCCAUUUAUUUUAUAUCCAAAACUUUUCAUUCCAAAAUAUAGAUUUAGGCUUUGUUGGGUAUUCAUUAUCCACAUUAGAAGGUGUACUUUAUUAUCUAAAAGACAUUGAAAAUAUAAGGACCCUGAAGAAAUACUCCCAGAAUAAUCAGAGAGUGAUUUCAUACGUUGAAACAAAAGAGUUGAUAUCCUUAAAGGAAAUUGCUGAUACAUAUUUGGGGAAUCCAGACUCCAGUUUAAAGUCUAGAACCAUAAACGGGGAAUCAGUCUUGAUGCUUGCUGUUAUGUCCAAUGAUUAUGAUACUUGGAAGCUACUCAUAGAUUAUGAAAAAGUCAAUACACUUGAGGAUAUAUUGUCAGAUACAACCAUAAACGGUGCUAGUCUUUUGAAUGUCGCAUUGAAUUUCGAAAACUAUGAGAUUGUUGAUGACUUGAUUGAAAUUUUGUUAAGCUCUUGCACUGUUACUGAACUGAUUGGCUACUUGAACAUGAAGGAUAUACAUAGCCGUACAAUUGGUCAUUAUCUAUUUCAUUAUAAGGAGAUCAUACCCAAAGUUGGCUUUCUGAUUAAUUGGUUAGAAAAAGACCUGAAUGGACAAACACCUUUAUUCUCCGUCUGCAGAAGCUAUGAUACCCCCAAAUAUCCUGAAAUGAUAAGGUCCGUGUUUGACACAGUUGAUAAAUGGUAUACCCAAAACAGUUCACAGUUUGAUUACGAAGACCACAUAGAUAAUAGAGGAAAUACACUGCUACAUAUACUGAACUCACAGGUGGAUGUUUUGCUAAAAUAUCAAAGAAUUAAUCUGAAUGAGUCAAACAGAAAGUCUUACACGCCAUUGAUGAUCUAUGCCAAGUACAAUAGAGCUGAGAAUAUAGAGAAGAUUAUUCAAGAUGAAAGAGUUAACAUACUGAAGCCUGAUAAGAACAAUUUCACAUGUAUGGAUCAGUCCAAGAAUGAACAAGUUUCCGAGUUGCUUGAGCAACAGAUAUUAUUAAAAAAUAGUCCCUUGGUUUCUGGAAAGCAAAUUGGAGUUAUAAGAAUCAAACUUGAAAACAAUGAAUGGAGUAUCGUAAUCAGAGGUCAGAUUAAUGGGGCUUACUAUACUACAACACAUAGUUUCACGGAUUUUAAGAACCUGAUUGAAUUGAUUGAAAUUGAAUUUCCAAAUACCUUUUUACCACUUGAAUUUGUUUCCAAGAAUUUCAAAGUCAAUUUGAAUAUGCCUUCUUUUAACAAGCUUAAAAUUAACAAAAUUAUUGAACAGCUCAACAUCUUCCUUGGAAGCUUAUUAUCAAACAAACCAUUUGUUGAUCAUGAACUAUUGUGGGAAUUUUUGGUUCAGAAAGAUUUCAACUACCAAAGUCUUUUAAAUCGUACUCAGUCCAAGUUCUUCAAUUUUAAGCAGGACUUAUUGAACAAUUUACCAAAAGCAAAUGAUACUUUUGAACAUCAAAAAGAUCAGUUGUUGUUACAACCUGAGGAGAUAAGUGAAAUGAAUUUUUUCCUCAAGUUUUCAACUAAGGAAAUAAGCAAGCUUAGAAGCACUUAUGAUAAGCUACUCAAAGUUGUUAACUUCAUGUUUGUCAAAACAGAUGAGUUGAACCAGUCAAUUGAGCUCUUCACUGAGGAAAGCAGCAUUGGUAUGAAAGAACUUGAUUUCUUGAAAAAGGUGUGGAAAAGCAGCACAAAAGAGUUUUCUACUGAUGAAGAUUUGUGCAAUACGGUGCUUUACUUAUCAUUAUCUGCGGAUGAAAUUGUGAAGAAAUCGAAUAUUCUUCUAAAUGAAAAGAUUUACAAAUGGUGGAAGCUCUAUGGGGAAUUGAUAGAACUGAACAACAACUAUAAAAGAUUCAAGUAUGUUGAGGUAAAGAAAGCAAAUAAACAUGAACAAGUUGAAGUUGAAGGAUUGGUUGAUGUUAAUGAAGAAAGUUUCAACAAUUUUACUAAUGACACAAGUUUCACCUUAAAUGAUAAUGGAAGUCAGGCGAAAAAACAAAAGCCUUCAUUUUUAACCAACUUUAUUGAGUCCAAGAGAAACAAAUACGAAACAAAGCUAUUAGCUGGGUUACAUGACGUCAAAAAGAAGUUGUAUGAGUUGAACAAAGAUAUGAAGUUUAGUCAUGAGACACUAGCAAUGGAAAUGAAUAAUUUUUUGAUAUUCAAAACAGAGCACUUGAAAGCUACAAUGAAACUCUAUGUUCGAAAGCAAAUAAAGGAUUUAAAGUUCAAUAAUGUUAUGUUACAAAGAGGUCUUGAUGAUCUACAAUCACUUGAUAAAUGAUAAAU